GGAGGUCCAAUCACCAGACGCAUUCCACGCUGCGAUACUGCGCCGCCUCUGGAGCUUCUGCUCGUGGCUUCCGGAGACAAAUCGGAGCAGAUGCGUUGGACCAGAAGCCCGUCGUCAGCAGCUCACUGCAGAAGGCGCUACUAAGAUGCUCUUCGUCAGCUGAGUUCGAGAGUGUCCGAGUGCCCAGAUUCCUCCUCCCGCCAUGAAGUCUGAUACGCUGGCAAACGCUCACAAAUCAGGAGAUGGACAAACCUCCAAGGUGAAGACCGCCAGCAAGCCCGGAGAGCGGAGCACGGCGGCAAAGCCAAAGACUACGUCAACCGGGGCGCCCGUUUUGAACGGCACCACCGGAACCGUGGGGGCCAGGCGGGGUGUUGUCGGUCGAGCUCGCUCCCACGGGGUGAAAGAGACGGAGAAGAAGGCCAAUACUGGGACCAGACCUAAGACCUCCCCUCCCAGCUACACGUCCAGAGCGCCAAGGGACUCCGCGCAGCACGCCGCCUCGUCCACAUCGGGCGGCGCCUCGCCAGAAAAUGGCGGCGGUGCCGGAAGCCCUCGAAACGGCACUCUCUCCAUUCCAGGAGCAAAGCCCAAACAGCAGGCCAAGCCGCUGAACAAACCAGCACUGACCAAAUCGGAUUUCACAAAGCAGACCAACAGCAGUCCUGCCAGCAGGUCCAGGGGGAAAGAAGGGAUCAAGUUAAAGUCUGGAGCAGUAGAGGGCGCUGUGCCAGGAGCAACGAGAGCAAGAGGAGACACCAAAGUCAAAGCAGCCCAAGACAACCACGUCGCCAAGCAUGCAGCUCCUGGGAAAAAGCAGACUUUGCCCAGGAAAGAAUUAGACGGCUUGAAAUCAUCCGUACCGACCAAACCGUACGGGGAAAGUGCCAAAAAGGUCUUAACCGGAACCUCGGCUAAAUCCUCUUCUAAACCAACCAAAGUGUCAACACCGCCUCCUAAGCAACCCUCAAACAAGUCUGCACCAAAGCUUAAAAGUACCACUGAAUCUGAGAGCGCGUCGCCAAAAUCAGGAGCAACCGUUAGAAGUGCUAAAGGGCUGGAGCCUAAGGAAAAUGGUAAGAGUUUAGACUGUAAAGCUGAACAAGACAAGAGUGGAAGUGCAGGACUGGUUAGCUCUGAGGAUUUGGCAGCACCACCGCCAAGCCAAGACCAAGAUUCGCUCAGCUUCCAUCUGGACUCCUGGACUUGCGGUGUCCAGGAGACUGAAAAACAGUCCACAAACGGAGCAGGAGAGCCUAGUCCUGCGUCGCAAGCAGUCCAAUCCGUUACUGUGGUUAAAAGGUCCGAAGGCCUCACGGGCGUUCGAUCUCCGAGUACCCCCGUAUACGCCCCCUGCAGCGUAGGGAGCACUGGCACGCCUUUGGAGGAGUCCUGGAGCGGCAUACGGCCGCAGGUCAGCCCCACGUCCGAGACGGGUAGCACGCAUUCCACCUCCUCGGACGACAUCAAGCCCCGCUCAGAGGACUACGACGCGGGCGGCUCGCAGGACGAUGACUGCUACAACGAACGAGGGGUGUCCAAGUGCGGCACCAUGCGCUGCCGCGAUUUCCUGGGGCGCAGCAGCAGCGACACGAGCACGCCCGAGGAGCUCAAGAUGUACGAGGGCGGCGCGGGGCUGAGAGUGGAGGACCGGUUGCGCGGGCGGGAGGCGGAGACCAACAGCGAGGAGGAGGGAGCGAGGCGACGUCCCCGGUCGUGGUUGAAAAGGGAGGAGCGUCCCGGGGCCGCCGCGACAGCAAGCCGCGUUCCCGAGCAACAGAUGUCCGAGGAGGACAAUGACGACGAAGAAGAGACUGAGGAGGAGCGGUCCGAAGUGGAGGUGGUCCCCAGUCAGGGUCUGACCGAGCCCUUGCCGCCGUUUCAAGGGAUCGUCAACCUGGCGUUCGACGACGACGCCGCCGCGGACCAGGAAGACGAGCAGCCAGACUUUCAGUCCGCUUCCAACUUCCGCCGUUCCGUUUUGCUCUCCGUCGACGAGUGCGAGGAGCUGGGCUCGGAGGAAGGCGCCCAGAGCCCUCAAGACCCCGACGACGCGGCCACUCCAUGUGACGUUUUUGAGUCGGACUCCGUCACUCCGCAAUCUCAGUGCGCCCCUACCCGCUCCCCCGAUCCGUGCGAACAUUCAGGUACCGAGCACCAUCAGCGAGGGGAGAUACGGCAAGAAAAGCCCACCGAGUUCCUGACGGAGAUUCAGAAACCGUCUCAGGAAAGCCAAGGGGAAGGGGCCAGGACCUGCUCCACCGCACCGAGCACCGAUGCCGCCAGAGACCCCCCGCCUCAGGAGCGGCCAUGUCACCUGGACCUGCGGCAACCGUACGCCAACGGAACCAAGAACGCCGACUUACACCUAGACUUAAAUGAGCCACACUUGACGGGGGACCCUCCCGUACAUGCUGCACAGUCACCAGCAGGCGACAUUGCUUGUGACAGAUUGGAUCUAGGCGGCGGCAAACGCGAGCGGACGCCGUCCAACAAAGCCCUGUCCCCCAUUUACGAGACGGACGCGGGCGACGCGUUAGCGCGCCGCACAGGCAAGGACAGAACAGGACAAGGAAACACUGAGGACAAACGAAGCGAGUUUGCCGAGCGGGACUGGAGCCUGCUGAGGCAGCUCCUCUCGGACCAGGAGUCCAAUCUGGGCGUGAUCAACCCGGUGCCCGAGGAGCUCAACCUGGCGCAGUACCUCAUCAAGCAGACGCUGUCCCUGUCCAGGGACUGUCUGGACGCCGGGGCCUUCCUGUCCCCGGAGAGGGAGACCUUCAAGCGCUGGGCGGAACUCAUCUCGCCGAUGGAGGACUCGUCCACCAGCAUCACGGUGACCAGCUUCUCUCCGGAAGACGCCGCCUCGCCGCAAGGGGAGUGGACCAUCGUGGAGCUGGAAACACACCACUGACCUGCCACACGUCAAAACCAUAUUACUUAGUGGUCCUAAUUUAUUCCGAUACAUGAAUUAUUUAUUUUUUAACCCUCAGUGGUUUAUUAUGCGUGUUGGUAUUUAUUUAUUUAUUUUUUAUGUUGCUUCCAUGCAAAAAAAAAAAAAAAAUGGGGGGAAAAUAAAUCUCUCAUGCCAGUCUUUCUAAUGCAGGUAGUAGUCCCCGACGGCCGGGCCAUGGAACAUUUGGUAUGGGGCAUGAACAAAAGUGAUUUUAUUGAUCAUCGGAGGCAGGUUUAUCCACCUGUACGCAAACAACAUUGCAUUUUUUGGAAUAUUACCAAAAUAAAGAUGUUUAUGUCGUGCUGAAAUGAUUUGGUCAAGGCACAUGCACAUAAUUAAAAUAAAUAAAUAAACACCAAUUUAAAAAAAAAAAGUGAAAUAGAAACAGUUUUACACUUCAUGGAAAAGUGCAUUUUCCUCACAACAGACUAAUAAACUGGUAGCUUUUGCGGGAAAUUACAGUUAAAAUCGGUGUAUUCAAGUUUAAGAGACUUCUAAUUUAUUUUAACCCCCAAAGUACACGAAUGUGCACAAGUCAAGUGAGUGUCUUAGCUUGUAGCUAGUUGGAACAAAACAUUUUGUUCCAACUAGCUACGAAAAAAAAAAAAUAAGAUCCUAACAGUUGAACACAGGUUGGAGCAAAGCAUGUUUAUAGAGCAAGUUUUCAUACACGAGGUAACAAUGUGCUUUACAUGAGUCGUGGAUUUUUUUUAGUUUUAUUUUACAAAUAUAAAGAUGUUUGUCUCCGUAGAGUUGAAAAUGCAAUUCAUUACAAAAUAAAAAGGCUUUCUUUUUUAACAGAUGGACAGAACAGUGGAAGUCCAAAAUACUAAUAGCGACUUUCGGUUGUGCUUAACAAAUUAAAAGCUUUACAUGCAGGUUGAAAAAGGCCACGUAUUUACACACAAAGAAGGUUUGCGGGAAAGUAUAGCAAAAGUUGUAUUAAAAAUAUAAACGACUUUCUUGGCAUGUCAAUGAUCUUUUCAUAAUUUAAACCUCGGAAUUUAACGAGUGAAGUGGGCGCCCUUCGAGCUGCCGGAAACUCCAGCAACGUUUUCCGGUCUUAACAAAUUAAAAGUCGAUUAACGACUUCUCAAUUCCACACAACUGGCUGAAAAGACCUUAUAGCUGUCACCGUUAAAGACGGGUGUAGUAAGUACAAACUGCACUUUUGACGCGUUCCAACAGCUUCAGCUUUUAGUUCAUUUAAACUCCCAAAAGUAGACAAGCAUAGCGAUUGAGCCUCAGUAGCUAACUAUCAGCGAGCUAGCUGGCUGACACUCGGUCGACAAGAUUAAAAAAGAAAAAGAAAAGAAACAUUUUAAAGAAAUUAACAAAUAAGUAAUUGUUGUGUAUUCUGUAUGUUUCCCCGAAAAAAUAAUCCCUUGCCAUCUCUUCUGGAGAUGGCGGCUGACGCGGAAACGAGGUGGACGACAACCAUCAUCAUCAGCGCCUCGCUGCAGAGCCAUGAAACUAUCAGGAUGCUCCGAGCUCAACAGCACAGAAUCCGACUGUCAGACAGCGUGGAGUGUGGA